AUGAAUACUUUAAAUAAAAGUAAAAUUUUAAAAAAUAAUGAUAACUCAAAUGCUGAAAAAGGACUUUUUGUUCGGUCAUCUUUGAAAAAUUAUUUAAAUUCAAGUAAUGCAACAUUAAUAAACGUCAGUCAAUCAUUAUGUCAAGGAGAUAGGUUGAUUCCUCGCAGAGAUGAUGAACGUUUUGACUAUGGUAAUUAUUCAAUAACAAAUCGUCCAAAACAAAAAAUUAGCAAUAGUGAGUCUAAUGCUAAUUCAAAUGAACCUAGUACGCCACCGAAUUUUUUGGAUGAAAACGAUGAAAAUCUUGUAUUAAAAAAUUUUAUUCGUGGUAAACCUGAUGAGGAGUUAGAAGAAGUAGAGAAAAUAUGGACUUUUACUGGUAUAUCUGUGCCUCAAGCACCUGUUGGACACAUGUCAAGGCAGAAAGUUGUUCAUUCAGGAAUUUUAAAGCCAUCUUCUUCAAUGAAAAAAGCUGUUAAAAAAAGGUGUUACCCUGCCUCUGAACUUAGGAUUCUUGAUGCACCUAAUUUAUUGGAUGAUUACUACUCAACACCUAUUCACUGGGGUUUUAAUAAUCAAAUUGCCGUAGCAUUAACAUUUGACAUCUAUGCCUAUGUUCCCGUGUCCGGGGAAUCAUACCAUCUUUAUUCUAUUGAUGAAGGACCUGAUUUUAUAUCGUCAGUUCAGUAUUCAAACUCAGCACAAUUUUUAUCAGUUGCUUUAAGUGAUGGUAAAAUUUAUAUUAUUGAUGUGGAGACUAGAAGAAGGAUGAGAACUAUGAGAUCACAAGUUGGUAGAAUAGCUUGCCAAGCUUGGAAUCAUAAUACCUUAUCUGUUGGAACUCGUAGUGGGAAUUUAUACCAUCAUGAUGUUAGAAUGAAAGAUCAUAAAAUUUCAAGUCAUUGUGCUCAUACGGAAGAAAUUUGUGGUUUAUUGUGGUCACCUGAUAAAAAAUAUCUUGUUUCAUCUAGUGGAGAUUGCAAUGUUCAGGUUUGGGGUGGUGAUACAGUGUAUUCUUCACCAGAAUCCAGUCAAAAGACACUAAUUGGUCAUACAGGAACAGUUAAAGCAUUGUCUUUUGUUCCAAAUUCCUAUUAUGAAGAUGUCCUAGCAACUGGAGGUGGUACUAGUGAUGGUACAAUAAAAUUAUGGAAUAUUGAUAACGGUACAAUUAUAAAAGAAGUUGAAACACAUUCACCUGUAAAUGGUAUUUUUGCAAGUGAUGAUUAUAAAGAAAUAGUAUCUUUUCAUGGAAAUCCCUCAAAUAACAUGAAUAUUUGGAAUUCUGGAAGUCUCAAACAACUUCAUUCUUUUGAACCAUAUAGGGAAAGGAUCAUUUCUCAUACAGUGUCGCCAGGUAAUGAAUAUGUUGUUACUGCUUCAGCUGAUCAGACAGUCAAAAUAUGGGAACUUUUUCCUUACAAACAUAAUAAUAAGAAAGAGUUUGAGUUUGUCGGUAGACCUCGUCAACAUAAUGUACAUCCUACUCACAGGAUUCGUUAA